AUGCUAGAACAAGAUCACGAUGUCGGCGGCGCAGUUCCUGGAAACGAGACUGACAACAGUCUCGAUGUCCGAGGGUUAUGCCUGCUGUCGCUCGAUGGGGGAGGGGUUAGAGGGCUUUCUACACUGUAUAUUCUGCGUGCUUUAAUGCAGAGACUCAACGAUGAGCGUCGAGAAGCGAAGUUGGGUAGUGUCAAGCCUUGUGAAAUAUUCGAUCUCAUUGGCGGCACAAGCACUGGAGGUCUGAUCGCUAUCAUGCUUGGUCGACUCGAGAUGAGCGUUGAUGAAUGCAUCGAUGCGUACAAAGAGCUCAUGAAGACUGUCUUUGAGAAGAAGAAGAAUCGCUUUGCCAUUGGUAUCUUCGGGCAGAUCAAGUCGCGCUUUUCCUCCAAGACCCUCGAGAAAGCAGUCAAAGGGGUGAUCAAGAAGCGAGGGAUUCCAGUCGACGAAUCCUUUUGCGUCAAGGCCGACGACGAGGAGUCACGGAAAUGCAGAGUUUUCGUCUGCUGCAAGGCUCAAGAAACGAACUAUAUUGCCCACUUGAGGAGCUAUCCUCUCAAAGGUGUGCAUGAAGAACCAGCCACAAUUUGGGAAGCCGCUCUAGCGACUUCAGCAGCGACGAGCUUUUUUGAUCCGGUACAAAUCGGGGAUCGUCUGUACGUCGAUGGAGCUCUGGGGGCCAACAAUCCAGCGAGUGAAGUUGAAAAAGAGGCAAACGACAUCUGGUGCGAGGUCACCGGCAAACUUGAGCCACUUGUGAAAUGCUUCAUCUCGGUCGGCACGGGCAACGGAGGCAUCAACCCCAUCAGCGACCAAGCGUGGAAGUUCUUGACCGAGAACCUCAAGAAAGUAGCCACCGACACCCGCGAGACCGAGGAGGCAGUCUCAAGUCGAUGGAGAGGGCACUGGAACAAGCGAUACUUUCGCUUCAACGUGCACCAAGGACUUCAAGAGGUCGGCUUGGCCGAGUAUAAGCAUGGAGGACUGAUUAAUGCCGCAACGGCUGCAUACUUGGAAAGCCAGGACACAAAGCCUCGGCUACUCGCCUGUGUAACAAAUCUCAGAGGCAAGAAAUAUCCUCCAAAUCAAGCAUUCCAACUCGAACGAGCACAGUGUCAGGCUCAGGAAGAUAGGGCAAGCACUCAGAACGCGCCCAAUGUCAUUACUGCGACUGAGAUUUCUGAAUUGAUCGACCGAGCCAACAUGAACCUGAAGAGGCCUCGAGACGCCAUCACCCACACAGACCUCAUCAACGCCUACAAUGACUUUGUACAGGUCCUACAUGCCAAGCGUGAACGCCCAUCGCCUCCGGUGAAGCCGAAAGAGUUCGCCUACCUGUACAACAAACUGAUGUCGACAUGCCUCGCUCUCAGUCACUUUCUGAACUUCACCCCAGCACAGCGGAUGGCGUACGUUAACGAUGCUGAUAGAUUCGCGAAGCGAGCCUUGGAGUAUGCGAUCAAAUCCGGGAACAACGACAGGGUCAUCCAGAUGGAGUUCUACCUUGCAUGUGUCAAAGCGAGAAAUAUCCAGUUGAGAACUGAUUCCGCGGAUUUUGAGAGCCCAACAGCCUCAGAACGGGAAGACGUUGCGGAGUCGGUGUCAGUUGCGUGGGGCUUGUUGCGAAGUGUCGAAAACCUAGACCUAACGGUGUAUGAUGCCAUGGCCAAGGAGACGCUGAAUCAGUUGAGAUGA